GCCUGGGGAUUGGCACAGCAUUCCUGUGUGUGUCCUGGUCUCUGCUGGACUACCACCAGUCCCUGCGCUCCUUCCUGCAGGACAAGUAUGAGCUGAGCGUGGGCUCCUCCUUCAUCUACUUCCUCUGGAACCUCCUCCUCAUCUGCCCCCGCGUCCUGGUGAUCGCCCUCUUCGCCCUGCUCUGGCCCUACGGUGUGGCUGUCCACGUCCUCCUGGUGUGGCUGGCCAUGUUCCUGUGGGUCAGCCUGCAGGGCACAGACUUUAUGGAGUCCCCCGGCCCCGAGCAGCUCUACCGGGGCAUGGUGGCCGUGAUCCUCUACUUCAGCUGGUUCAACGUGGCACCAGGGAGGACACUGUACCGCAGCAUCAUCUACCACGGCUUCAUCCUGGUGGACAGCACAGUGCUGGUCCUCUCCUGGCUCUGGGGCUGGGCCCCCACAGAGGAGCACUCAUACCUCAUCCCUGUGGUCUUGGCCGCCCUGCCCUGCUACCUGCUGGGGCUGGGGCUGAGGGUCACCUACUACAAGUGGCUGCAUCCCAACACGCGGGUGCAGCAGGAAGGUGGCUAUGAUGAGGUGGAUGCCAGGGGGAGUGAUGGGCUGGAGCCUCUCUCGUUCCCAGAGCCUGACCUUGUGAACAGGCGGAUGCGGUGGCUGGCCCAGGCUCAGUUCCCUGUGUCCCAGCCGGCACGGCAGAGCUUCCUCAAUGGGGCUACUGCCCUUGAGUCUGCUGUAUGA